AUGGCAUUGCUGCGUUCAUGUUCUGAUGUCGUCCUUCCUCCUCCUUCUCCUCCUUCUCCUCCUCCUCUUCUUCUUCCUCCUCCCCCUCCUCCCCCUUCUCCCCCUCCUCCUCCUCCUCCUCCUCCUCCUCCUCUUCUUCUUCCUCCUCCUCCUCCUUCUCCUCCUCCUCUUCUUCUUCCUCCUCCCCCUCCUCCCCCUUCUCCCCCUCCUCCUCCUCCUCCUCCUUCUCCUCCUCCUCUUCUUCUUCCUCCUCCCCCUCCUCCCCCUUCUCCCCCUCCUCCUCCUCCUCUUCUUCUUCCUCCUCCUCCUCCCCCUCCUCCCCCUCCUCCUCCUCCUUCUCCUCCUCCUCCUCUUCUUCCUCCUCCUCCUCCUCAUCCUCCACCUCCUUCUCCUCCUCCUCCACCUUGUCCUCCUCCUCCUCCACCUUGUCCUCCUCCUCUUCCACCUCCUCCUCCUCUUCUUCCUCCUCCUCCUUCUCCUCCUCCUACUCCACCUUGUCCUCCUCCUCCUCCUCCACCUUGUCCUCCUCCUCUUCUUCCUCCUCCUCCUCCUUCUCCACCACCUCAUCUUCCUCCUCCUCCACCUUGUCCUCCUCCUCUUCUUCCUCUACCUCCUCCUUCACCUCCGUUUCCUCCUCCUCCUCAUCCUCCACCUCCUUCUCCUCGUCCUCCACCUUGUCCUCCUCCUCCUCCACCUUGUCCUCCUCCUCUUCCACCUCCUCCUCCUCUUCUUCCUCCUCCUCCACCUUGUCCUCCUCCUCUUCUUCCUCCUCCUUCUCCACCACCUCAUCUUCCUCCACCUCCUUCUCCUCCUCCUCCACUGCCUCCUUCUCCUCCUCCUCCACAUUGUCAUCCUCUUCUUCCUCCUCCUCCACCUCCUCCUCCUCCUCUACCUUGUCCUCCUCCUCUUCUUCCUCUACCUCCUCCUCCUCCUUUUCCUCCUCCUCCUCCUCCACCUCCUUCUCCUCCUCCUCCUCCACCUUGUCCUCCUCCUCUUCUUCCUCUACCUCCUCCACCUCCUUUUCCUCCUCCUCCUCCUCCUCUUCCGCCACCUCCUCCUCCUCUUCCACCUCCUCCUCCUCCUCCACCUCUUCCUCCACCUCCUCCUCCUCCUCCACCUCCUCCACCUCCUCUUCCUCCACCUCCUCUUCCUCCACCUCCUCCACCUCCUCCUCCUCCUCCUCCUCCUCCUCCUCCUCCUCCACCUCCUCCUCCUUCUCUUCCUCCUCCUCCUCCACCUUGUCCACCUCCUUCUCCUCCUCUUCCUCCUCCUCCUCCACCUUGUCCACCUCCUCUUCCUCCACCUCCUCCUCCACCUCCUCCACCUCCUCCUCCUCUUCCUCCACCUCCUCCACCUCCUCCUCCUCCUUCUCCUCCUCCUCCACCUCCUCCUCCUCCUCCUCUUCCUCCUCCUCCUCCUCUUCCUCCACCUCCUCCUCCUCCACCUCCUCCUCCUCCUCCUCCUUCUCCUCCACCUUGUCCACCUCCUCUUCCUCCUCCUCCUCUUCCUCCUCCUCCACCUUGUCCACCUCCUCUUCCUCCACCUUGUCCUCCUCCUCCUCCACCUUGUCCACCUCCUCUUCCUCCACCUUGUCCACCUCCUCUUCCUCCUCCUCCUCUUCCUCCUCCUCCUCCUCCACCUUGUCCACCUCCUCUUCCUCCACCUUGUCCUCCUCCUCCUCCACCUUGUCCACCUCCUCUUCACCUGAUCCUGCAGGAGGACCGGAGCUGCAUCCUGAAGCUGUCCCUGGAGAAGCUGAGGUUCCUGGAGGACCCCGAGGCCUACCUGCGGCGCUCCGUCCUCAUCAACAACCUGCUGAGGAAGAUCCACCAUGAGGAGACGGCCGGGUGCCUGUACAGCCUGGGGACCUGCCCGGGCCUCACCCCCAACCACCGGGUGCUUCUGUACAACCUGGACGACAACGGCUGA